UAAACUUCCGGUAGGGUGUGAGCGAGCAGCGGAGUCUCCGUCAGGAAUCUAAAGCCUUUACAUUUUUAAUUUUCCAUACUUUUUUUUUAUAAACGACAAGGUGAAACACCCUUUAAAUAGUUUGCCUUUAUUCAACCCAUCUGUCCUCCGUUUAUCCCGUGUUUUAACGUUGUUUACAGGAAAAAUGUCCAAGUCCUUGAAGAAGAUUGUGGAGGAAAGUCGAGACAAGAACCUCCCAGAGGUGGAGAUGUGCGACAGAGGCAUUUCAAACAUGUUGGACGUCCCAGGACUAUUCACUCUGUCGAACAUCACUCAGCUCGUCCUCAGCCAUAACAAGCUCACAGCGGUGCCCCCCAACAUAUCCGAGCUAAAGAACCUAGAGGUCUUGAACAUGUUCAACAACCAGAUUGAAGAGCUGCCGACCCAGAUAAGCAGCCUUCAGAAGCUGAAACACCUCAACCUUGGAAUGAAUCGUCUGAGCACUUUGCCAAGAGGGUUCGGUUCACUGCCAGCUCUGGAGGUGUUGGACCUCACCUACAACAACCUAAACCACAACUCCCUGCCCGGAAACUUCUUUUACCUCACCACUCUUCGUGCUCUUUAUCUGAGUGACAACGACUUUGAGCUCCUGCCUGCAGACAUCGGGAAGCUGACCAAAUUGCAAAUACUGAGUCUAAGGGACAACGAUCUGAUCUCACUGCCCAAGGAGAUCGGAGAUUUGGCCCAACUCAAAGAGCUUCACAUCCAGGGCAACAGACUGACCGUCCUGCCGCCUGAACUUGGUAAUUUGGACCUGACUGGUCCUAAACAGGUGUUCAAAGCUGAGAAUAAUCCCUGGGUCACUCCCAUAGCAGACCAGUUCCAGUUGGGUGUCUCCCACGUUUUUGAAUAUGUUCGCUCAGAGACCUACAAGUAUCUCUACGGCAGACACAUGCAGGCCAACCCAGAACCCCCAAAGAAGAGCAACGAUAAGAGCAAGAAGAUCAGCCGCAAACCUCUGGCCGCCAAGAACAAAUAAAGAGAAGAUGGAGGAGAAGCCUCUCUCUUCAAGUCAGACUCACUGCAUGUGCCUUUAUUUCUCUUUUUCAGCUGAAAAAAUGUAUUACAUCUGAAUGUGUCGAUCAUGUUUUUGAAUAUGUUAAACAUCGUUAAGACUGUAUUCCAGCGUGCCUGAGUCCAGACGGAUGUGUGUGUUUUUUACUUGCAUUGCUCGGACAUAUUUUGGUGAGUAUUGAUGACAUAAACAAACAGAGUAGUGGUCAUUAAGACAGCUGCUGUAUAAGCUUUGAUGCCUUUAUGCUUACAGCUUUGAGGCUAUGAGACUCAAGAAAUACUGCAACUUAUACCAAAGGUCAAGUCUGAAUCUGGGCAUGGAAAAUACUCAGACGCUGUAUUAAGAGAAAGUCUGUCCACUUUAUAAAGCUGUUUCAUUUUUUAAUAUUUAAAUACAUUUUUAGAGAGAUUUCGAGGAAUUACUCAAGUUUUAACUCAUAUUGUACUCAUAUUUACCUCUUAAGCCUGGUUUAUCCUCGUUGCGUUGAAUCUACUAUGUAGUUUAGCCAGCCGCGAGUUGAUGCUUCGACAAAGGGGAGAAUUGAAACUUUCUGUGCCACUUAACUGCAAACAUCCUGCAUCAUUAUGUUGAGCUGAAAUUGUUUAUAUGAUAACUCUACCUAACCACUGUGAAAAAGAUCACGAAGAUCUUGGUUGGAUGAGAGCUCAUUGACAAGAGCCCAUCCAUUCUUGGUUUGAUUUUUUUCGGUCUGUCAUCUUUGCUGAUUCUCCAUGACUUGCUUGUUUCAGUCUGUACAGACUCCUGAGUGUUUCCACAUUCACUCACCAGCCUGGUCUGAAUAGAAGAAGUGAUUGGCUGAGUAGUGUGAGCUACCAUAAAGAGGAGAAAAAGCUGUGCCAUUUGAAAUAAACUGUUGUUGAAAAGCAUUAGAUGAGCCCUGUUUGAAAGGGAAUCGUCAUUAUUUGAGUAUUCAUGGUAGGUCCAGCUACAGAGGCAAAAUCUACAGCAGCUACAGUCUGCAUUAUUGUUCUGCUCCUGCUCUUGUGCACAAUCGUCCAUCAUUUACAUAUUGGUGCAUUGUGGAAAAGAUUAUUAUCAUCCACUCUAAUAAUGCUGCUGAGUCAGCCGGGGCAGAAGACAGAAAUGCUCAGGCUUGUUAAGUCAAGGAGGCGGAAAUGCACCUAUGGUAAUUGUUUGGAUUUUGGCAAGUACUUUUAAAUAAGUGAUACUGCCUGCAUUGUUUCAACAUGAGUUACAUGUGAGAGGAGGUGCACUUGAGGCUAAAUGCGUAGGCCUCUGUGUAUAUUCAGGACUACAAGAACCUACAGCAGAUGCUUGUGGCGUAGAUUUGACACAGAGGUAUAAACCAGGCUUUAUGUGGAUGAGGUAAAAUACUUAAGGCUUUACUUGACUCGGUUCAUUUACUCUACAGCUCCAGCUUUGUCCCACACAUUUAUUUUCCAAAUAAUUUAUAUGACACUCCCUCUUUUACUCAGUCUCACUUUAUAUUUAUCCCUUUCACUUUCUUUUGUUCAGUUCUUUCAAACUAUAAAAAUGCUUAGGGAUGCACAAUAUUGCAGUUCUGCCAGUAUUUCCAUACUCGAUACUGAUAUCGAUACUGAUUUAUGAUAACUACCAAGUCUCCCUGACAAGAAUGAGCUGUUAGUCCUAUUGUGAUGGUCUGUUUGUUUUAGAAACAGUUGUUAACAGAAUUAAUGAUAGCUGUUUUCUUUUUUCAGUCCUGACUAAAUGCUUAAAAUAACAAAAAAUAAAUCAAACUAUUUGCAGCUCAGACCUAAAACUUCAGCCCUUCAAACAGACUUUAAAGUUUAAUAAAUGAGGAUUAAAAAAAACAAACUAUAGCUGCUGUUACUUCUCCUAAAAACAACACAUUCAUUUGAACAUUUAGAUAUUAGGCUGCAUGUCCAUAGUUAGCUUUUUUAGCACUGGAAGUGCUCACGCCCUCAGUUCCUUCUUGCCAGCACUUAUUGAUGCUGCGUUACAAAAACAUGAAUCCCUGUCCUCAGCAGAAUCUGUAACAUUGUUUUGAAAUUGCUCUGUGUGCUUCAUAUUUUCAAAUUUCAAGGAAAUAUCACACAGAAAACAUGCACACAAUGUAAAGGCAGCAGCUGUAGACCUGAAAACUACCCUUCAAAAAAGACGAAGAAAGGCGAGUCAGAUCGGUUUCUCUUUUGCUAUUGGCAGAAGUCCCACCCCUUUUUUAUUCUGAUUGGUAAGUGAGGUAGAAGGCACAUAAGUAAGCACAGUGCUCCUCCAAAAGAUGAACGGUUUUCACUUGAGAGUGCUUUUAAGUGCGGUGUCAAAAACAGCUGAGGGUGUUUUUUCCGCCAAGGGCACUUGACACUCAGAACACUGGACUAAAAUCAUUUUGAAUUAAGAAUAAGCUCUGCAAGUGCUACUAAGCAGCUAUGGACACAGGCCCUUAAGUGCCAAGAGUUUGCUGUGCAUAUCAGAAGAAAUUUUCAUAUCUGCUCAUAUAGAAAAUUCACUUUUAGGCAAUGACAUAAUAAUAUUGUGCAUCCCUGGUUUUGCUGUAUAUAAAAGGCUUGAUAGUGACACGUUAGGGUGCACUAACACUAGGGCCAGCUGCCCAGUACUGUGCUGAAGCAUGAUCACCCCCCCUGUCCAGAGUGCAGACCAGUGGGGCCUGAGCACAGAUAUGUCAUGGUGGCUUAUUUUGUGUAAUUUUGGACAGAUACGGCCCUCUCACACUCCACCAUUGCUUAAAAUGACUAUCAAGGGAAAUGGUUGUAUUGACUGUAUAUCACGUGAACAUCUGUGCUAGAGUGCUGACUCUGGUCUAACACUCUGGUACUCAGGGUCUGAGUGUGCUUGAUCACGUAGGGAUAACCUAGAGUGAGUAUGACUUUAGAUAGUAGAUAAUGACUCAGUGGAGAAUAUAUCAUCAGUUUUCUUCUAAGUGAAAUUUUAGAAGUGUUUACAGACAGGAUUGGUCCAUGAUAACCUUUACUUCUGAAUCAGUACCUAAGCAGCUAUUUCAAACACAGUUGCCACCAGGAGUGAGGAAUCUGACACAGUAACACUUAGCAUUGAUUGUGUUCAUUCCAUGAAUCUAUCAUUUAUUAAUCAUUUCAUUUGUGCUUUUUAACCUUCACUCUAACCUAAAUGCUGCAUCUUUCUAAUGAAUUUCUUUGCAAAGCUUCAGUGUCCAGUACAUUUCAAUAAAAUAAGUACGUGUUGAUCAUUUUUUUUAAUUCAUCGUGUUUGUCGCACAGAAUCUCUGUAUUCAGCAUUUCAAAUAAAGAUCAUUCUACAACA